AUGAAGAACAAAACAGCAAAGUUGUUGAAGCAAAUCAUAGCCAGUUUAACAUUAAUGGCAAAGUCAAAAACUAUGGUUUUAAAGUCAAAAGUAAAUGCCAUCAAAGCUCGUUUGAUUAUAUUAUCACUCAUGAAGAACAAAAAGCUCCUCAUGAGUUCAAUUUCAGAUAGAUUCCAUUCAAUUUGGGGGAACCAUUCUCAUCAUCAUUCCAAGGAAGAUUGCUUAAUUGAAGAAGGUGUCAAUUGCGAAGAUCAUCAUCGAGCCAUGGUUAUUUUUAACAACAACGCUCGCACUUACGGAGCGUUGCAAAAUCCAAGUGAAACACAAGUUUUGGAUGAACAAGAUCAAGAAGAUUACUAUGAAGAUGAUGAUGAUGAUGAUAAGUAUCCUGAUUUGACUCACAGUCUUUUUGAUUCAGAGGGAUUGGAUUUUGGAGGAUCAGUGAUAGAUAGGGUGAAGAAUUGUAAGGAAGAAGCAGGGAAAGAGUUUAAACUUGAGGAUGAUAUUGAUGAAGUUGCUGAUCUUUUUAUCAGAAGGUUUAGAAGGAAUAUAAUCUUGCAGAAACAAGAUUCAUUGAAGAGAAAGAGAGAGAUCGCGCAAAAUGGUUCCUAA